GGGGCAGGGGACCAGACUAGAGAUUAUGAUCACUUCAUUCAAGAUGGCGUCGUACGAGUCAGAAAUCGAGUGCCAGUAUCAGGAAAUGAUGAAACAGCUGGAAAAAGAAAAGCGCCAGACGACAGAGCAACAAUUACAAAAUAGGUUACGUCGACAGCGGUUAGCUCAAGACGCUGACAAUGUUUCGACCAAAGCUAUGGCAGCAGAGUUAGGAAAUCAUGUGUUACAUGUGUUGAGAAAGAAUAAUGAGCAUGAUGUUGGACCGUCUGAAGAUCAGAUUCAGAAUGUGUUGCAAAUGACCAUGCAACAGAUGAAGGAUCAGUUGAACGAGCAAAGAGAAGAUGAUUACUCUGAGUUAAGUGGAUCUUAUUCAUCUAGAGGUCCGUCUCUUUCACGUUCACGUUCACCUCAUCAGAUGGGUCCUGCAGCCAGAGAUGGUAGGAUGGACCAGUUUGGGGACUUCAGAGGCCCACAUCACAUGCGACAAGGCCAGCAAUUUCCACCACGCCUGCAGUUUCGUCCAGGUCAGAAGGUUCCGAGCGAUCAGCUGCCACUACUAAUGAGAAACAUUGAACGACAGCUGAGAGCUGGAAAUAUGAAUCAAAGGCAAGAAUGCCAUUUGAGAAGCCUUUAUGAUUACUAUGCAUAUCAGCUUUCAGGUCAUGAAGGUAGAAGUGAUAGAUUCGCAAGAGGUCCAUCAUCAGCAUUUGGAGAUCAGUCUAUAGAGCCCUGGCAGGAUAUGCAACAGGGAGAUGAAUAUUCAAGCAAUAUGUCAAAUUAUGGCAGAGGUGGCAUGUAUUCUCCUCGAGGUAGAAAUGGUACGUAUCCAUCCGGAAGUCAACAAGAAUUUGAUCGUGCAGCUGCUUUUGGUAGACAUCAAUUUCGGGGGAGACAAACCUUUGAUCAUGCUACUAGGUUUGGUGGACAUGGAGGCGGACGUGGACGUGGCAUGCAUCCUCCAAGAGGUCGAGGUCAACAAGGAUUUGAUCGAGCUGUUGGUUUUGGUAGAGUAAGGCAUGCUUUUGAUCAUGAUGCUAAUGUUGGUAGAGGUGGAAUGUAUUCUCCUCGAGGUCGAGGUCUGGAAAUGUAUGGAGGUGGACCAGCUUUUAAUCAAGGUGGCAUGCAUUAUUCAGGAGCUGAAGACGAAAUGUAUUUCUCUGGGGAUGACUAUUCCUAUGAUCAUUCUGGUAGUUUUCAAGAAGAUAGCAUGUAUCCAUCUGAGGUGCCAUACAGUCAAGAUGUUUACUCUCAGUCAUGGGUAACUGAUGACUCACAAUGGAGAAAAAGACGGUAUUCGGAUUUGGGCAAUGAAAAAGUCAUACUCAGACAUGGUACAAGCAAAUGGUUCUGUAAACCAUGUAAACUGGAUUUCAGUGAUAUAUAUACUUUAAAAGAACAUGUAGAACAUGAGGAACACCUGUUCAGAAAACAGUCACACAACGCCCGUGAAGAGAGUGCUAUUAUUAAGCAAGGUGAAGAUAAGAAAUGGUAUUGUGUAGUCUGUGCUCUGUAUUUUGAUGAUUGGGACUCAUUAACUGUUCAUCUGCGAAGUACAACCCACAUGAAGCGCAAGGUAGAUGUAGACAAUGGUGCCCCUGUACCCUCCCAAUCUACAUCAGACACAACAUCGGAUGAAGAGAAUCCAAUAAUAAAGAAAUGUGGUGACAAUACAUGGUACUGUGAAGUCUGCACUGAAUACUGCGAUGACUGGGAUGAGUUGACUGCACAUAUACGAAGUGAGAUACAUUUGCAGAACAGGUCACAUGAUGAAAUGUUCAUGAACCAGAGUUCAAGACCUAAGCACUACUCUGGAGGAUAUGGUGAUGAGUUUGGUGGAUCAGGUCCUGGAUCUGAAGGAAACCAUUCAUAUACAGUUUGCUUGGAGUCUCCUCUGGUAUUGGAAUUAAUGCAAAAAUGUGGUCUGCGUGUGAAUAAAAUGUAUAACAGUUUGGAGGAACUACUUGCUGCGGAAAAUGUGAGUAUGCAUGUUCAUUUGAAGUUUUUUCAAUAUCAUGGUGUACCGAGAAAACUCUUGGGGCUACAUAAAAUAAGAUAA